AUGGAGCGGCAGGGCUACGUCCUGCUCCGCCGGGUCGCCCUCUGGGGGGCGGUGGAGGGCAAAAAGGGCGGGAAGAGGCUCGAGGCGGUGCAGGAGCUGCACCAGAAAUACGCCAGCCUGGACUACGAACCCCACGGCGGCGCCGACGCCGCCGCCGUCUCCCCGCACGGGAGCGAGAGCGAUCUCGACUCGAACGCCUGCCCGAGCGCCCACAUCGCGCACGGCGAGCAGCAAAAGAUGAUGGACCUGAUGGACGCCCACGCCACCCAACUCGGCCUGCCCUUCCGGAGCCCCGAAUGCUUCGCCCUCUUCGACGCCAUCGCGGCCUACCUGCGCGUGCUGGAUCGCCUGAAGGCCGAAUACCCCGCCCGACGCCGGCCGUUCUCCGCCGUGGAGGAGUCCCAAACCGCGGGAAAGGGGGGGGCGGACGGGCGAUCGCCCCGGCCCGAGCUCUUUGAGAUCGCCAUUUUGGCGAAUUAUUACGAGAAGGAAGCGGAGGCGCGGGCGGAGCCCGCGGGGAGGGGCGAGCGGCACCCCCGCAAGCCCGCCCCCCCAACGCCCCCGGGGAAAACGAAAAAUUGGCCGAAACGACUACGGAUGUGGUGGGGUCGAUGCUGGGGCAAAGGGGGGAACCGCCAGCGCGACAAGGAAAGCCCCCUGCGCGGCCCCACCUCGUCUCGGAAGAAACAAAAACGCGGGAAUUUUUAUGUCAAUCUGGCGCACACCGCGAGGGGGGUGGGCGCGAUGUGGGGUAAAGGCGAAAUGUUUAACGGCAAAUGCAAAAACAAACUUCUUUAUAAAACCACCGCCUCCUUUUCCCAUCGCUGGAGCUACGCACUAAAAGGCACCGAUGGGUUUUACUGCGGCGGCGAGGAGGACCCCUCGCAGAUGCCGUCGCUGAACUUAUGGCAAAAGGAAUCGCACAAGUUGUUUAAGUUUAUGGCCAAAUGCCUCGAGCGGUACUGCGCGCGGCGGGUGAAAGGAAAGGACGGGGUCGAUCCCUAUCUCCGCCGAAUCCGCAUCGCCCUAAUCUCCGAUAAAAAGCUCUAA